AGCACCGAACUGCCCCGGCUGGCCGCCAGGGACGCGGCCGCUGGCUACCCCGGAGCAGGCGACUUCUUGAGCUGGGCUUUGAGCAGCUGCGGCGCCGGGGGGGACUUAGCCGACUCCUGCUUCCUGGAGGGGCCUGCGCCCACACCCCCUCCCAGCCUAAGCUACAGUGGUAGCUUCUUCAUCCAGGCAGUGCCCGAACACCCGCACGACCCAGAGUCACUCUUCAACCUCAUGUCGGGCAUCCUAGGCCUGGCACCUUUCCCCGGCCCUGAUGUGGGAGCAUCCCGGUCUCCGCUGGACGCCUCUUUUCCCUCAGGCCCCGACGCCUUGCUGCCGGGUCCGCCUGACCUUUACUCCCCGGAUCUGGGCGCUGCCGCCUUCCCAGAGGCUUUCUGGGAGGCCUCGCCCGCGGCUGGCGCCCCCUCGCAGUGCCUGUUUGAGCCUCAGCUCUCCCCACCCGACGUCAAGCCAGGCCGACGGGCUCCUCCGGCCUCUCCAGCGCUGGACGCUGCCUCGGCUUUCAAGGGUCCCUACGCUCCCUGGGAGCUACUUUCAGCCGGUGCCCCAGGGAGCUGUGGGUCACAGGGAAGCUACCAGGCGCCCUCUGAAGCCCGUUUCCCCCCGAUGGGGACCAAGAUUGAAGAUCUGCUGUCCAUCAGCUGCCCCGCAGAGCUGCCGGCCGACUCGGCCAACAGACCCUACCCCACGGGGGCCUAUGACGCUUUCCCGCUGGCCUUGGGUAACUUAGGGGAGGGCGCCGAGGGACUCCCCGGGCUCCUGACCCCUCCAAGUGGGGAGGGAGGGAGUAGCGGCGACGGCAGAGAGUUUCUGGCUGGUACACAGCCUCAGCUUUCCCCGCUGGGCCUCCGCAGCGCCGCGACGGACUUCCCAAAACCUCUGGUGGCGGACAUCCCUGGGAGCAGUGGCGCGCCUGAGCCUCUCGGGCCGCCGGCCCCAUUACCCCCGGUUAAGGCGCGGCGCAAGGGGCGCCGGGGAGGCAAGUGCAGCGCACGCUGCUUCUGCCCGCGGCCGCACGCCAAGGCCUUUGCCUGCCCGGUGGAGAGCUGUGUGCGCAGCUUUGCGCGUUCCGACGAGCUCAACCGCCACCUGCGCAUCCACACCGGCCACAAGCCCUUCCAGUGCCGCAUCUGCCUCCGCAACUUCAGCCGCAGCGACCACCUUACCACACACGUGCGCACCCACACUGGCGAGAAGCCCUUUGCCUGCGACGUGUGCGGCCGCCGCUUCGCGCGCAGUGAUGAGAAGAAACGGCACAGCAAGGUGCACCUCAAACAGAAGGCGCGCGCAGAAGAGCGGCUCAAGGGCCUUGGCUUUUACUCAUUGGGCCUCUCCUACGCUGCCCUGUGAGGGAGAAAUAAGUUUGUAGAUUGGGGCGCCGCCGCCGGCCCGCGCGCCGGAGAAGACCAGGCCAGCCCCUCUCGCGGCUGGUCUUCCGGGCACGCCCGGGGGCGGCCUCUGGUCCGGCUUCCGAUUUCCCUUGAAGCGCCCGCUGCACACGCCCGUUCAGCACCGGCCCCGUGGACAGCUCCCGCCGUCCAGGCUCUGUCUCCGCGUCUGCCGCGCUGGGGGGGGGAAGCCCUCUCAGGCCUCCCACCGAGUAGGCAUUUCCUUGGAACUCAAGAGUGUUUUGUACUGGAGCUCGCCCCACGCAGUCCCUUAGUCCCCCGUACCCCCCAGAGAUAGGCUGGGGCAGCGCCGAGCCGGUCUCGAGCGGUAUUUUGUACAGCAAUGUCGUUUCCAGCAGUCAUUGGAUGUAACGUUUUGCUUUGGGGCUAUUUCCUGUUUGUUGUUAAUUUUUGUAAAGCAGACGCUACUCUCAAGCAGUUCGCAAAACUGUUUAUUUUUGCAAUUAAAAUUAUUGUGCUAAAAGCUUA